UAAACAAUACAAAUACAGCAACCACCAUGUUAGUUGUUAAUUAGCGUCUAUACACUAUAUAACAAACUCUCGUCUCUCCAUUUUCAUUGCUUCUCUUUCUUUCUGUCUUUUCUCUCUCUCCUCACAUAUACUAUACUACUUGACUCACAUGGAAGCUCAAGGGGAUCAGGUAUCUCUUCCACCAUCUCAUCAUCAUCAGAGCCACCGCAUGAUGAUCAAAGGGAAGAGAACAAAGCGGCAAAGACAAUCAUCGCCGUUGAUUCCGAUGAUCUCCACAUCAUCAACAGCUUCUGCAGGAGUUGUUGACCAUGACUACGUUUCUUCUCCAACUUCAUCAAGCACCGAAGAAGAAGAGGACAUGGCUAAUUGCUUAAUCUUGUUGGCGCAGGGUCGUCAUCACCCUCGUCGUCUUCAAGAAGUUACGAGUUCCAAGGUCAGUAGUGAUCAGAAAUUCAAUCAAGUCUAUGAGUGCAAAACAUGUAAUCGAUCCUUUCCAUCUUUCCAAGCUUUGGGUGGACACAGAGCCAGCCACAAGAAGCCUAAACCUAAUUUUCCAUCCAAGGAUGAUGUUGAAGACCAAGCUCAAGUACCCAAAAUUAACAUGAUCAUCAUCAAUAGUUCUCCUCCCCCUCCGCAGACCACAAUUUCUUUGCAACCAAACAGCAAUACCCACAAGGCUUAUCAUCACUCUACAUCUAGCGGUAACCAAAACAAGUCAAAAAUUCACGAGUGUUCCAUUUGUGGAUCGGAGUUUACUUCUGGGCAAGCUCUUGGAGGUCACAUGAGGCGUCACAGGACGGCUGCAGCAGCCGCAGCCGGUGGUGGUUUGCAGGACACAAGCUCAACUAAUGAAUCCAACAAUGGGGAAAUUACUCAUGAGAUGAAACCCAGAAAUAUUCUGGCGUUAGAUCUUAAUUUGCCUGCACCAGAGGAUCAUGACCACCGUGGUGAAACGAAGUUCCAGUACGGAUCAACUCAGCAAGGCCUUGUUUUCUCCACUCCGGCUUUGGUAGACUGCCAUUACUAGCAGAAGAAGAUAAAAAAAAAAAAAAAAAAAAAAAAA